AGGGCUGCUCCUGCCCCAUGUCACCCUAUAUAUUCCCAUGUCACCCUAUAUAUUCCCAUGUCACCCUAUAUAUUCCCGUAUCACCCCGUGUCCCCCUACGGCCCGGCUCUUCGUGGGGGCGUGUCUUUGUAAUGAAUGGGCGUGGGUUACUCGAAGGGGCGUCGCUUAAGGAGGGGAAGGGGUUCGGCUGUUCGGCUCCAUCGCUGCCUUCCGGGUCGGGUUGGGCCGAGCCCGAACUAAGGCUGAGCUCGAACCAUGGGGCAGAUCGAAUGGGCCAUGUGGGCCAACGAACAGGCGCUGGCGGCGGGGCUGAUGCUGCAGGCGCCUUCGUCUGCCUGUUGGAAUACCCACGCAGCAAGAGGCAGAAGGGCUCCACCAUGGAGCGCUGUGGCCAGAAGUACAUGACAGCAGUGCUGAAGGUGUUUGGACCGCUCACCCGGAACUAUUACAUCCGUGCCAUCCUGCACGCAGCGCUGGCCGUCCCUGCUGGCUUCCUGCUCUCCACCAUCCUGGGCACCGUCUGUUUGGGCAUUGCCAGUGGCAUCUACCUGCUGGCAGCGGUGCGUGGGGAGGAAUGGCGACCCAUUGAGCAGAAGCCCCGCGAGCGGCCGCACAUGGGGGACACCAUCAAACAGCCCCCCAGCAACCCCCCACCCCGACCCCCUGCUGAUGCACGCAGGAAACAGGCAGCAGAAGUGGGGGGGCAGGUGAACCCCAUCCCUGUAGAGGCUGAGUAACACGGAGCUGGGGGUCCCAGUGCUGCACUCACUUCCCUACUGUACCCCUCACCCCCCCAUUGGUCCCCAGACCCCUAGGGGUGCUCAUCUCCCCUCCUUCCCCCCCCUUGGUUCCUCAGAAUCCCUGGGGGCUGCUCAGGUGCCCCCAUAUCCCAAGGAGCUCCCCCAGCCUCACAGCCCCAUUGUGGGCUCACGCAGCUCUGCUUGCUGCGCCACCUCUUCACGUUUUAUACAUUGUCUUUUUUCUUUUCUGGUUGCUUUUUGCAAUAAAAGGACCGAAAGGCCCCAGAUCCUU